AUGCGGCAGCUUUUUGCAGUAGCCUACUGGAUGCUUCUCCUUGGACCUAUAUAUGGCUAUCACAAGAAAGGAGGUAUCACAAAUCCUGAAGCUACUAUGAAUAUUAGCCAGAUUAUUUCCUACUGGGGUUAUCCUUAUGAAGAGUAUGAUGUUGUGACCAAAGAUGGUUAUGUACUUGGAGUUUACAGGAUUCCCCAUGGAAGAGGAUGUCCAAGAAAAACUCCAAAGCCUGUUGUGUUUUUGCAACAUGGCUUAAUUGCGUCUGCCAGCAACUGGAUUUGCAACCUCCCGAACAACAGCUUGGCUUUCCUUCUGGCCGAUGCGGGUUAUGACGUGUGGCUGGGGAACAGCCGGGGGAACACCUGGUCCAGAAAACACCUGAAAUUUUCACCCAAAUCACGAGAAUUCUGGGCCUUCAGUUUGGAUGAGAUGGCUAACUACGACCUUCCAGCCACAAUUGAUUUUAUUGUAGAGAAAACGGGACAAGAGCGACUCUACUACGUGGGCCACUCCCAAGGCACCACCAUCGCUUUCAUAGCAUUCUCUACAAAUCCAGAGCUGGCUAAAAGGAUUAAGAUAUUUUUUGCAUUUGCUCCAGUCAUCACAGUGAAAUACACUCAAAGUCCUAUGAAGAAAUUAACAACUCUUUCCAGAAAAGUUGUCAAGGUACUAUUUGGUGACAAGAUGUUCUACCCUCAUACGUUUUUUGAUGAGUUCAUUGCCACCAAGGUGUGCAACCGGAAGCUAUUUCAUCAUCUCUGCAGCAACUUCCUCUUUACUUUGAGUGGAUUUGAUCCCCAAAACUUAAACAUGAGCCGCUUGGAUGUUUAUUUGGCACAGAGCUCUGCGGGAACAUCUGUUCAGAACAUGCUGCACUGGGCCCAGGCUGCUAAUUCUGGUCAGUUCCAAGCUUUUGACUGGGGAAACCCUGAUGAGAACAUGAUGCACUUUCACCAGUGUACACCUCCCUUGUACGAUGUCACCAAGAUGCAAGUGCCCACAGCAGUGUGGAGUGGAGGACACGACCGUGUGGCUGACCUCAAGGACGUUGAGAAUUUACUGCCUAAAAUCCCCAGGCUUAUUUACUAUAAGUUGAUUCUACACUACAAUCAUGUGGAUUUUUACCUGGGACAGGAUGCACCCCAGGAAAUCUACCAAGACCUUAUUAGACUGAUGGAAGAAUGUUUACAAAAUUAA